GGCGCUGCAGCCGGAGACUCAGAACCUGCGGCUCGUCACCGACCUGCUGCCCUGCACACAGCCGGGAACUGCGUCUGUCUCUGGGCCGGACAUAGACCCAGCACCGGGAGGCAGCUCCAGAAUAAAAUGUCAAACUCCAUCCACUGGUUCCGCAAGGGCCUUCGCCUCCAUGACAACCCCGCGCUGCAGGAGGCGGUGGGGGGGGCGGGCACGCUGCGCUGCGUCUACUUCCUGGACCCGUGGUUCGCCGGCUCCUCCAACGUGGGCGUCAACAGGUGGAGGUUCCUCCUCCAGUGUUUGGAAGAUCUGGACGCCAACCUUCGAAAGCUCAACUCCCGCCUGUUUGUCAUCCGGGGUCAACCAGCCAAUGUGUUCCCUCGACUCUUCAAGGAGUGGAAGAUCUCUCGUCUGACCUUCGAGUACGACUCGGAGCCUUUUGGGAAGGAGAGAGACGCUGCUAUCCAGAAGUUGGCCAUGGAGGCGGGGGUGGAGGUCAACGUGAAGAUAUCACACACCCUCUACGACCUGGACAAGAUCAUCGAGCUGAACGGCGGGCAGCCUCCUCUCACCUACAAGCGGUUCCAGACCCUGAUCAGUCGGCUGGAUCCUCCUGAGAUGCCUUCAGAGACUCUGUCCCACGCGCUGAUGGCCGGCUGCGUCACCCCCGUCUCCGACCACCACGGAGACCAGUACGGGGUCCCGUCGCUGGAGGAGCUCGGCUUCGACGUGGAGGACCUGCCGCCGGCUGUGUGGCCCGGAGGAGAGACCGAGGCUCUGACCCGGAUCGAGCGCCACCUGGAGAGGAAAGCGUGGGUGGCGAACUUCGAGCGCCCCAGGAUGAACGCCAACUCGCUGCUGGCCAGCCCCACGGGCCUCAGCCCCUACCUGCGCUUCGGCUGCCUCUCCUGUCGCCUCUUCUACUUCAAGCUCACCGACCUCUACCGAAAGGUGAAGAAGAACAGCUCCCCCCCGCUCUCCCUGUACGGUCAGUUGCUGUGGCGUGAGUUCUUCUACACCACGGCGACCAACAACCCCCGCUUCGACAAGAUGGAGGGAAACCCCAUCUGCGUCCGCAUCCCCUGGGACAAGAACCCGGAGGCUCUCGCCAAGUGGGCCGAGGCCAAGACGGGUUUCCCCUGGAUCGACGCCAUCAUGACCCAGCUGAGGCAGGAGGGCUGGAUCCACCACCUGGCCCGGCACGCGGUGGCCUGCUUCCUCACCCGGGGAGACCUGUGGAUCAGCUGGGAGGAGGGGAUGAAGGUCUUUGAGGAGCUGCUCCUGGAUGCGGACUGGAGCGUGAACGCAGGCAGCUGGAUGUGGCUCUCCUGCAGCUCCUUCUUCCAGCAGUUCUUCCACUGCUACUGCCCCGUGGGCUUCGGCCGGCGCACCGACCCCAACGGGGACUUCAUCAGGCGAUACCUCCCUGUCCUCCGAGGUUUCCCUGCUAAGUUCAUCUACGACCCGUGGAACGCCCCGGAGGCUGUGCAGGCGGCCGCCAAGUGCAUCAUCGGCCUCCAUUACCCGAAGCCCAUGGUGCAUCACGCAGAGGCCAGCAGACUCAACAUCGAGAGGAUGAAGCAGAUCUACCAACAACUCAGCCGAUACAGGGGACUGGGCCUCCUGGCCUCCGUGCCGUCGGCGAGCGGGGGAAUGAUGAGCUUCUCUCCUGGAGAGCAGCAGCCAGUGCUUGGAGGCUCAGGGAGCUCUGUGUCGUCGGGUCACAGCAGCAGAAGCAUCUUCCUCAACUUUGACAGUAAAGAACCGAAGGAGCAGCAGCAGCAUGGAUUCCAGCACUCGGUGCCGGACGCCAGCCGGAGCAUCACCAGCAGCCGACAGGGCCACGAGUUCGCUGUGCCUCAGCCCCCAGUACUCCUCCCAGCCACCAGAGGCAGCAUCACAGGGAAACGGGAGCGGGAGUCGGAACGUGACGGGGCGGGAGAGGAAGAGGAGGGGUCCUGCUCCCUGCACAAGAUGCAGAGGAAGAGUGCAGAGAUGACCUAGAGCAGUGAUGUCACUGCCUGGCUCACCUUGGAUCACCUGGCAGCAGAGAGAGGAAACCCGACAGCCAAUCGUGACGCAGGUCCCGACAUGGCCGCCGCCUCCUGAAUCCACCGGAAACUGCUCCCAGCCUUUUAACUGUCAAAAAUCCCCCGGGGCUGAACACAAGGUGAACAUGGGAGAUCUUCCUCUUGACCCAGUUUCCACUCGGCCUCUUCCUCCUGCUUCUCUGAGCUCGGGUGUCGAAACCUCAGAAGGAAACGAAACACCGACAGUGAAGCAGCUCCUGAUGUUAUUCGAGCCAUCGUCCUUUCAUACAACAACAACACACCGAGGGUUACUGAGUGUUAACCAGAGACACAACCAACACACACUCAGUUUCACUCUGGCUUUGGAAAGUCAGCAUUCCGUGUCUUUGUGCGAUUGUGAGCACAAGACGCUCAACGGGUCAAUCCUCUUUCUUUAUUGUUGUUGGAUCCCGAGUCUCUGACACGACUCUCACACUAACGUGAGCCGUGGUCCCGGUUGUGUGUCUCUCUGUGUUCGUCGUGGACAGAUCAUCUCUGUGGUGUCAAAUUAACAUUGAUUUGUUGUAGAAUGUAGAUUCUGAAUAGAGUCCAGAUGAUCGUCUCAUUCGUCUGCUCCCCCGACAGAGAAACAUCUGAGGAUGAGAUCUUUCCCUCAGACGUAAAACUCAGCUUCUUCUGCUUUUGGAAAAUUUGACAUUUUUGUAUUUUUGCGUGAAACUUGUGCAACAACCAGAAGAGGAGAGGUCGUGUUGUGGAGGUCAAACCAGCAGGACGGAGAACCGGACUGGGUUCCUCUCCCCUCUCUCACUGGGGUCACAGCUUUCUACCAUUUCUUAUAAAAAACACAAAAAGUUGCUGAACAAGAAGGAAGGAAGAAAACUGAGUCGACACGAAGAGGACAGCUGACAGCAUCGGGUGCACAUGAGCCUUAUUCUGUAGCAGAAGCCAACAUCCACCAGGAACCAGUAGAUCCUGCUGUCGAACUGGUUCUUCUCACUGUAAGACUGGUUUAGUGAAGCAUGUGGUUUUUCAUUCGACAAAUCAGACGAUAAUAUAAACUAAAUGAGAAGAGUUACAAAACGAAGUCGCCUGUGGGAGGAUCUGUGUCACAGCACUGGGACCAUUAAGCUGCUGUUUGAGUUUUCAUCCAGAAACCAUUAUCACCAGAUUCUAUUUGGUCACACACAUAACACAACAAACUGGAGCAGACACACAGACAGACACACACAGAGCCUUCGUGACAGUUUGGAGAAAAAGGAAAGUUUCUUGAAGUCUGUAUAAAACCCCAAUCUCCAUCUGAUGCGUAUUGAUUAUUAAUAAGCUAAGAGCCAAAUGGAUUCACUCCUGCACAUUGCUCACUAUACACACCAUAGAUUUCAAAAUAAAAGUCGGGUCACAGUUGUAGAGUCGACCUGAACAGGCUUUUAAUUUGGAAGGUGGAGCAGAUGGGGGCUGUAGAGGUUUGUUCUGGUUUCAGUGGUUUCCGUGACGACUCGUGUCUGUACAGGUCUACAGGAGUAACACGGGGGGGGGGGUAUUAUUAUUAUUAUUAUUUAUGUUCUGAAGAGGGUUUGAACAUUGCUCAUUUUUUUGGUAGCUCUUAUCACCAUGAAAACAGUUUAUUUUUCUUUAUUUCUUGUUUGUUCUGUGACAUGAAGGUGAGACCUGACUCCUCCCAUCAUCUCUGUCUCCUCCUCUCGAUCAACUUCAUGACAGGAAAUAAACAUUCUUACAACUUGA